AUGAGGCGGCUGCGGCGCUGGGCGUUCGCGGCGCAAAAAAAGCUGCUGCCGCUGCUCCCCCCGCCGGGUCUUGGGACCCGGGGUCCCUUCGGAGCUCUGCGCUGGCGGGUCUCAAAAAAAAUGGGGCGUCCGGGAGCCCCUGAGGUCACAGAGCCCAGCCGUCUGGUGGGGGAGAGCUCUGGGGGAGAGGUCCGAAAGCAGCAGUUGGACACCAGGGUCCGCCAGGAGCCACAAAAAAACCCGCCAAAAAAACUGGCCCAAGUGAGUUUCGUCAUCCCAGCCUUCAACUCAAACUUCACUCUGGACCUGGAGCUGAACCAUCACCUCCUCUCCUCGCAAUAUGUGGAAAAAAAUUUUAGCCGGGAGGGGACAACCCAGCACAACACCGGGAAAAAAAAUCACUGCUACUACCAGGGGAAGCUCCGGGGCAACCCCCAAUCCUUUGCUGCCCUGUCCACCUGCCAGGGGCUGCAUGGGGUCUUCUCUGAUGGGAACUUCACCUACACCUUGGAGCCCCGCGAGAUGGCCAGGACUCAGAAAAAAACACAGGGACCCCUUCCCCACCUCAUUUACCGGACCCCUCUCCUCCCAGUCCCCCUCGGAUGCAGGGAACCAGGCUGCCUAUUUGCUGCCCCUGCUCAUUCUGCAAAAAAAAACCGGCCGAGGCUGAGAAGGAAAAGGCAGGUCCGCCGGGGCCACCCUACCGUGCACAGUGAGACCAAGUACGUGGAGCUGAUCGUGGUCAACGACCACCAGCAGUUUGAGCAGAUGCGCCAGUCGGUGGUCCUCACCAGCAAAAAAAACAAGUCCGUUGUGAACCUGGCAGAUGUGAUGUACAAGGAGCAGCUCAAUACCCGCAUCGUGCUGGUUGCCAUGGAAACGUGGGCAGAUGGAAAAAAAAUCCAGGUGCAGGAUGACCUCCUGGAGACCCUGGCCCAGCUCAUGGUCUAUCAAAAAAAGGGCCUGCCUGAGCCCAGUGAUGCCACCCAUCUCUUCUCGGGCAGGACUUUCCAGAAAAAAAGUAGUGGGGCUGCCUACGUGGGGGGCAUCUGCUCCUUGUCCAGGGGUGGAGGUGUGAAUGAGGUGAGCAACAUGGGCGCCAUGGCAGUGACCCUGGCCCAGACGCUGGGGCAGAACCUGGGCAUGAUGUGGAAUAAACACCGGAGCUCCGCAGGGGACUGCAAAUAAAAAAACAACUGGCUGGGCUGCAUCAUGGAAGACACUGGGUUCUACCUGCCCCGCAAGUUCUCGCGCUGCAGUAUCGACGAGUACAACAAAAAAAUGCAGGAGGGAGGCGGGAGCUGUCUCUUCAACAAGCCCCUCAAGCUCCUGGACCCGCCUGAGUGUGGGAACGGCUUCGUGGAGGCGGGGGAAAAAAACGACUGUGGCUCGGUGCAGGAGUGCAGCCGUGCGGGCGGGAAUUGCUGCAAGAAAUGCACCCUGACUCACGACGCCAUGUGCAGCGACGGACUCUGCUGUCGCCGCUGCAAGCCGCGGGGUGUGUCCUGUCGAGAGGCCGUGAACGAGUGCGACAUCGCGGAGACCUGCACCGGGGACUCGAGCCAGUGUCCCCCUAACCUGCACAAGCUGGACGGUUACUACUGCGAUCAGGAACAGGGUCGCUGCUAUGGAGGUCGCUGCAAAACCCGGGACCGGCAGUGCCAAGCCCUCUGGGGCCAUGCGAAAAAAAAUCGCUUCUGCUAUGAGAAGCUGAACGUGGAGGGGACAGAGCGUGGGAACUGAAAAAAAAAGGGGUCAGGCUGGGUUCAGUGCAAUAAACAGGAUGUGCUCUGUGGCUUCCUUCUCUGCGUCAACAAAAAAAGAGCUCCUCGGCUGGGGGACCUAGGGGGAGACAUCAACAGUGUUACCUUCUAAAAAAAAGGCAAGGAGCUGGACUGCAGGGGUGGCCACGUACAACUGGCUGAUGGCUCCGACCUGAGUUACGUGGAGGAUGGCACAGCCUGCGGGCCCAACAUGCUGUGUCUGGAUCAUCGGUGCCUACCAGCCUCUACCUUCAACUUCAGCACCUGCCCUGGCAGCGGGGCGCGCCGGAUCUGCUCCCACCAUGGGGUCUGCAGCAACGAAGGCAAGUGCAUCUGUCAGCCAAAAAAAACAGGCAAAGACUGCAGCAUUCACAACCCCCUGCCCACGUCUUCCCCCACGGGAAAAAAAGAGAGAUACAAGGGUCCCAGCGGCACCAACAUCAUCAUCGGCUCCAUCGCAGGGGCUGUCCUGGUUGCAGCCAUCGUCCUGGGAGGCACGGGCUGGGGAUUUAAAAACAUCCGCCGGGGAAGGUACGACCCGACCCAGCAGGGGGCAGUGUGA